AUGUACCUGAAUAAGAUAACAGAUUUUAACUACUUCUUAGGUUUAGAAAUUUUAAAAAGUUUUGAUGUAGCAAAUUACCUCAUAGCAGUGAUUGUACUGUUCGCUUUAGUGCUAGCUGUAUUUAAUGAAGACGCAUCAGCAGGGUCCCCAAGAUUGUCUUGGGUAUUAGGAGAAUUUUUACCAAUACAACAAUCAAUUUUUUGUUUAAAUUCUAAUAUCGAGAAUAAAUUAUUUAAAAAAAAAAAUAGUAAAGUAUAUACGUUUAUUAUAUUUUUAUAUAAAUUGUGUGUGAAAAUAAAAGAGUCUAUAGUUGAAGGCAGUUUUAUUAAUUUGUUGAAUGAGGGGAAGAAUAAGUUUUUAAAAAAUAUAGUAUUAUAUAAGAAUUAUGUUUUGAUAAACCUUAAGGCUGAAUCAAAAAGACAUUUUUUUUACCUAUUAUUAAAGCAAAAAUAUAAUUUACCUAUUAGAAAAAAUGAAACCGAAAUGAGUAGUUAUUUGGAGACGAAAAGAGAAAUGAUUCGAUUAAAUAGAUGGACAUUAAUGUGGAGAGUAUCAGAUGUAAAAAAUGAGUAUAUUACAUGUGAAAAUAGUAAAGUGCGAACUAUGUCUUCUUAUUCUUACCUAGAUUUUAUAAGAGAGCCAUUAGUACAAGAACACGCAAUAAAAGCGGCUAUGGAAUGGUCAACUGGAAAUCAUGGUCCGAGGAUGUUGGGUGGGAAUAGCCAAAUAUUAAGAGAUUUAGAAAAAAAGGUAGGAAAAUUUUUUGGUAGAAACGAUUCUAUUUUAGCUGUAUGUGGUUUUCUAGCAUGUAUGUCAGGUAUAGCAGCAGUAGCAACUCCGUAUGAUUUAAUUUUAUAUGAUAGUCGCACACAUGAAUGUGUAAAGGUAGGUAUACAAAUAUGUGGUGCAAAAGCAUAUGUAUUUAAACAUAAUGAUUAUAAUCAUUUAGAAUUGUUGUUAUUAAAAUACAGAAGUAAAUAUAGGAACUGUUGGAUUUGCUUAGAAUCGGUAUAUUCAAUGGAUGGUGAUAUACCUCAUUUACCAUCCUUUAAAAAAUUAUGCAUUAAAUACAAUGCUAAGUUAUUUGUAGAUGAGGCACAUGGUUUAGGUGUAUUAGGCAAAACAGGUAGAGGAUUAGAAGAGCAUUUUAAUAUGCCUGGUUCAGUGGAUAUGAUAGUUGGAACGUUUAGUAAAUCAAUAGGUUCAGUAGGAGGAUAUAUAGUUGCUUCUGAUGAAGUAGUUGAAUUUUUAGAUAUUCAUUGUAUAGGUAAUGUUUUUUCUGCCCCUUUACCUGCCUAUUGUGCAGGUGGUGCUUUAAAAGCAUUUGAACUAAUAGACUCACAGUCAUGGAGAAUAGAAAAACUUAAAUUUAACACAAAAUAUUUAAGAAGCGGGUUAAUAUCUGGUAUGGGGUAUUGGCCAAAAGAUUAUCCUGAAAGUAAUAAAUAUAUUAUUGGAGGUGAUGAUAAUACUAGUGUAAUACCAGUUAUUUUUCCAAAUGACACAGACAGGUUAUUUAAAAUAUGUAAUCUCAUGUUUAAAAAGAGCUGGUUAAUUUCAGCCGUAUCUUUUCCUGCCUGCCCAUAUAAAUUGCCCCGAUUUAGAGUUACUGCAACGUCUGCCUACUCAGUAGAAUAUAUGAAUGACUUUAUUCGUGACCUGGUAUGUGCAACAGUCAGCGUUCAACCAUCAACUUUUGAAGGAGAAUUACUAAUAUAG